GGCGCUUUAACGAUAUCCAAGAAAAGGGAGUUUGUGGUGAAAAAGAAUUUGUGCUUUGGAUGUUUAGGACAGGGACACAGAAACAGUGACUGCAGAAGAAAACAUGUAUGUGGUACCUGUAAGGGCAAGCAUCCAACCUGCAUGCACGAAGAACGGCAGCCACCUACCAGCAGAGAAACCCAAAGCGUAAAUUCUCUCAAAGUCAAUCAGCAUCACCGUCAGAGUAGCACCACCAUGAUAGUGCCUGUUUGGGUGUCUACACAGGAAAAUCCAGAACAUGAGGUGUUGACCUAUGCACUUUUAGAUACACAGAGUGACACUACAUUUUUAUUAGAAGAUACGGCUGCUGCUUUAAAUGCUGAAACAGAGCAUGCCACACUUAGUUUAUCAACAAUGUCAAGUCAAAAGUCCCUCAUAGACAGCAAGAAAAUCAGAAGAUUGCGAGUAAGAGGAUUCAAGUCUACUGAGACAUUGGAGAUUGAUCAAGCAUUCACUAGGGAGUUUAUACCAGCUGACAGAACACAAAUUCCUACGAGAAAAACUGUAUCAGACUGGCAACAUCUAAAGCCUCUUUUGAACAAGAUUCCUCCCCUACAGACUUGUGAUGUGGGUUUACUCAUUGGUUUUAAUUGUCCACAAGCAUUGCUACCUAGAGAGACCCUAGUUGGUGGAAAUAGCGAGCCAUAUGCAGUGCAGACUAUACUUGGGUGGAGUAUUGUUGGCUGCUCUUCAAGAGAUAACUUAGCUUCAGUUUGUCACCGUGUGACGACAAAGGAGGUGUUUCCUUGUAUGCCAAGAGACGUUAUUAAUGCCUUAGAAAAGGAUUUUGUUCACGACAAGACCGAAGUUGAGAUGUCUCAAGAAGAUUUGCAGUUUUUGAGAGUACAAGAAACCAAUAUACAGCAGUUGGAUAAUGGUCACAUUCAGAUGCCAUUGCCAUUCAGAAGACGACCAGCUCUCCCUGAUAACAAGUCCCAGGCACUCCAACGCCUUGAUCAUCUGAGACGCAAGUUUGAGCGAGAUCCAAGUUAUCGUGAAUCGUACACGAGCAUGGUGCAAGGUAUUAUAGACCGAGGUGAGGCUGAAGAAGCUCCAGAUGAUACCAUUAAAGGAGAAGUAUGGUACUUGCCACAUCAUGGAGUUUAUCAUCCACAGAAAGGAAAACUUCGUGUGGUAUUUGAUUGUUCUGCAACUUACAAACAAACCUCACUUAAUCAACAUUUGCUAAGUGGUCCCGACUUAACAAGUAGCCUUCUAGGAGUUUUGAUUAGAUUUAGAGAACACCCAGUGGCAGUAGCAUGUGAUAUUGAAAAAAUGUUUCAUCAAUUCCUAGUGCAAGAUAACGACAGAAAUUACCUGCGAUUUCUGUGGUGGAAAAAUGGUGACAUUACCAAGGAGCCAACGGUAUUCAGGAUGAAAGUACAUCUUUUUGGGGCUACUUCAUCGCCUGGUUGUGCCAAUUUUGGUUUGAAAUAUCUUGCUAAAAGUUAUGAGAAUGAAUACCCAUUGGCAGCAGAAUUUAUUAAGCAUCACUUCUAUGUUGAUGAUGGUUUGACCAGCUCUGAUGACGCAGAUACCGCCAUUCAGAUUAUCGAUCAGGCAAGGAAAUUGUGUGCCAGUGGAGGCAUACGAUUGCACAAGUUCUUGUCCAAUAGCAGGGAGGUAUUAGAAACGGUCCCAGAGUCUGAGCGUGCUACAGAGGUGAAUGGUGUGGAUUUGAAUAAAGACAGAUUGCCAGUUUCCACUGCAUUGGGAUUACAGUGGAAUGUAGAAGAUGAUGUUUUUCAGUACAGAGCUUUUACCAGUGAAGUCAAGGCAAAAACACGCAGGGGAGUGCUAUCUACAGUGGCAUCCGUGUAUGAUCCUCAAGGCUUUCUAUCCCCAUUUAUUCUUAUUGGGAAGCAGAUAUUGCAACAAAUGUGUAAAGAGAAUUCUGCAUGGGAUGAAGAACUUUCCAAUGAUCUUAUGCCACAGUGGGAAAAAUGGUCUGAAGAAUUGAAGGAUAUUCAAAAUAUCAAGGUGGCCCGGUGUUUUAUACCAAAGAACUUUGGAACAGUAACGCGAAGAGAACUUCAUCAUUUCUCUGAUGCGAGUUUAUCUGGAUAUGGACAAUGUUCUUAUAUACGACUUGUGAACGAGAAAAACGAAGUACAUUGUUCUCUUGUCAUGUCAAAGGCCAGAGUAACUCCAUUGAAGGUUAUCACCCUACCAAGAUUGGAGCUCAAUGCUGCAGUAGUCUCUCUCAAAAUGAGCAAAGUUCUUGAAUCUGAGAUGACAGAGAAGUACCGUCAUUAUUUUUGGACAGAUUCAAGGAUUGUGCUAGGUUACAUAAACAAUGACACACGCAGAUUUAAAAUAUAUGUAGCCAACAGAGUAGAGCUGAUCAAAGAAGCAACUUCCCCACAGCAAUGGCACUAUGUAAGAAGUGAAGACAACCCUGCAGAUCACGCAUCAAGAGGUUUGUCAGUGGAGAAGUUGAGAGACUCCACCUGGUUUACAGGACCAAGAUUUCUUUGGAAUCCUGAUUUAGAGAUGGCUGACAUGCCCCACAAUGAUGUACAGUUACCAGAAAUGGACCCAGAGAUCAAAAUGUCUUCUGUAAGGAGUACACAGACAGUAGAAAAGAAAUCCAUGAUAGAAAGACUCGAGAAAUUUUCAGAUUGGUCUAGAGCAGUCAGAGCAAUUGCAAGGCUCAAAAGAAGAGCAAGAGGUAUCAAAAAUGCAAGUCUCACUUCAGAAGAGGAAAGGCAAGAAACGACCACAUUCUUGAUAAAAUUAGCUCAAGAACAGAAGUUCGAGGAAAAACCUCCUAGUUCAACAUUGAACCCCUUUAAAGACAAUAAAGGAGUAAUUCGUGUGGGAGGAAGGCUAGGACAAUCAAGUUUUGCCUUUUCUGUUCAGCAUCCAGUAAUAUUACCCAAGGAUAGCUAUGUUUCAAAAUUGAUUGUAUCUCAUUUUCAUAAACGCAUUGGUCAUAUGGGCCGUGGUAUGACUCUAAAUGAAGUCAGAGCCAAUGGAUUUUGGAUCCUUGCUGGAGGGAAGUUGACAUCUGAAAUUAUUCACAGAUGUGUUACAUGCAGGAAAAUGAGAAAACCAGUGGAAGAGCAGAAAAUGGCAGAUUUGCCUUCUGAUCGUGUGGAAGCAUCAUGUCCAUUUGAAUAUAGUGCCAUGGAUUGCUUUGGUCCUUUCAUUGUGAAACAGAAUAGGAAGGAGUUCAAACGCUAUGGUCUGUUAUUUACCUGUUUAUGUUCUAGAGCAGUGCAUGUUGAAAUGCUGGACGACAUGUCAUCAGAUGCGUUUAUAAAUGCUCUUAGAUGUUUCAUUUCUAUUAGAGGAAAAGUUCGCCAGAUCAGAUCAGAUCAAGGGAGCAAUUUUGUAGGUGCAAAGAAUGAAUUCACAGCUGCAUUAAAGGAAAUGGAUGCUCAGAAGGUAGCUUGUUACCUAGCCAAUCAAGAUUGUGAUUUUCUUAUGAAUGCACCUCAUUCUAGUCAUGUUGGUGGAGUAUGGGAGCGACAGAUUCGUACUAUAAGGAAUGUAUUAGCAGGAGUGAUUAAUCUCUGCCCAGGUAGAUUGGAUGAUUCAUCUUUACGCACACUGUUUUAUGAAGCAAUGGCAAUCGUAAACAGCCGUCCUCUAUCAAUAGCCAAUAUCAAUGAUCCUGAGUGUGCAGAGCCCCUGACACCUAAUCACAUUCUUACAAUGAAAUCCAGUGUGCCACUACCACCCCCAGGAAAUUUUGUUUCUCAGGACAUGUAUCUCAGGAAAAGAUGGAGAAGAGUUCAGUUUCUCACACAACAGUUCUGGAGCAGAUGGAGGAAAGAGUAUCUUCAGAAUCUUAACAAGAGACAGUGCUGGACAAGAUGUAAGAGAAAUAUCACAGUGGGAGAUAUUGUUCUUGUUGUGGAACCUAAUGUAGCGCGAAACAGUUGGCCACUAGGCAGAGUGGUUGAAUGUAUUCCCAGCAAGGAUAAAUUAGUGCGCAAGGCCAAGAUUUGUGUAGGAACUGAUGACUUAAAUUCACUGGGAAAACGCGAAACCAAGCCAGUUAUUUUAGAAAGACCAAUUCAGAAUUCUCAGUCUUCACGGUGACUUGGAAAAUAGACAAAGCUAGUUUCACAAUAGGUCUAGGGCGUGAACGGUGAGUUAUGGGUGUAAGAAAGUAUGUCAGUGUACUAUAUUAAGGUGACAUGUGGAUUUACCUUAAGCAACAAGUUAUAAAGGAAAUUAAGGUAGAACAUAUAACCUCUACAUGCAGCGGUUAAUGUAUUGAUAGCAAAUAGUGUUUAUUUUUGUGUUUAUCAUUUACUCCUUGAUCUUUGGAUCCAGUUUUACAAUAUUUUAUUUGUCUUUAACAUAUUUGCUUUGCAUCAGUUGCUUUUCUUAUAAGUCUCAUUUAACAAGACCCUUGUCUCAAGUUACUGUAUUGGAACGCCCAAUUCAAAUUGGUAUUACUUUU